UCACUAUUCCAUCCAUGAAUUCAGAUGGUAUACGGUCGUCGUGCAAAGAGGACGUCGUGAUCUACACCGCCCACCAUCCUGAUCGUGACUCUCAUUUCUACUCGUUUUCCUCCUCGUUCUCCCCCUCGCAGUUUUUUUACAAGUUUUUUCGCGCAUUGAGCCCUUCUUCACUCAACACUUGAAUUAUUAUUCGUGCCUUUUAUUUAUCUUCGUUGGUUCGACAUCGGACACAAACCGCCAGCUCUGAAACGAAGAAGUCGAAACAUUUCCAACUGUGAACUCGGGGUACCUGUGUUGAUUCGUGGAAACCAGCAAAAGAAACGAAGAAGAAAACAACACAAGUGUGUGAAUAUUGUUGACGUAUCUGUGUGGAUUCUGGCGAUUAAUUGUAGCCGAGGAAAAAAGGAACACUAGCAAUCGUUUGUCGUUAAACAUCGCCACAUCGAAGACGUUGCCAACGGUAUGUGGCAUCUUGUUUCCAUAUACACCGAGUCGGCCUUAUAGACAGAAAAAGGGAUCCUUUCGUCAUCGAAUCAUCAUGCAGUUGCUGGAACUUCUACCAUCACAACAGCCACUCUAGAAGAACGUGUUGUGAAAGGUCUUUGCGAACACACACAGAAAUCUGCGGGUUUUUUAAAAAGUAACCAUCUGGACCGUUUUGAUAGCACCAGAGGAAAAAGAAAGAAGAAGAAGAAGAAGAAGCAGUAGUGUUGCUUUCGUUGUGACAAAUCGCUCGGCUGAAAACGGUUUUCUAAAAAGAACAAGAAAACACUUUGGUCGUGUUGUUUUCCAUUGUGGUGGCCACUGCUUAGCAUAUCGGCAACGAAAAAUACAAACAGUGGUGGUGUUUUUGUCUGCUCGUCUGCGAACAAUGUCACUCUCUCCCGAAGAAAUGUUUUAUCUAGCCACUGGAUUGCUGGAUAUGAACUCGUGGGCGGGCCAUGCCAAAAGUAGAGCCGAACAAUCCGGAGCCCGCUGCGUGAACAACAACGAACGCACGAGGACCAAUUGUGCCGGUGACAACAAGCCACUUAGCGAUCAAGGAGAAGAACUGCUAGGAUUGCCCGUGCCUCAAUCGAUGCGUCCGACUCCGACCGCUUUCAAAUGCCCACCGUCUGCGCGAAAGAAUGGCUGCUCAUCUCCGUCUAGUCUUUCAUCUCAUUCUGGAAGGUGUUCUUCAACGCCCAAUCGUCUGGGUCUCAUUUCCAACUCUCUGAACAAAAUGUCAUCCCCUUCGUCAUCACCGGGUCGAUCCAGUUGGCGGAAUAUCUCCUUCACCGUGCUCGUCGUCUUUUUGGCCUUUUCUUUGCAAACUGCAGAGGGUUGCUCGAGUCGGUCGACACCCAAGCCACGACCCCCGCCUCCCCUGCCGAGCCCGACGCCCGCUGUUCGACCCAACAUCACGUUCCAGACGUAUGCAUGUCCGCCGACAUAUGCCACGUAUUACUGUCUCAAUGGCGCCACGUGUUUCACUAUCAAAAUAGGAGAGUCCAUUCUCUACAAUUGCGAGUGUGCUGAAGGUUUUAUGGGCCAGCGUUGCGAAUACAAAGAUUUGGACGGAUCGUAUCUGCCAUUGAGAGAGAAGAUUAUGCUUGAACGAGCAAGUAUCGCAGGUGGGGCAACCGUUGCCGUCGUUUUGGUUGUUAUCAUUUCCAUCAUAUUUUACACAUACGUCCGUCAACAAAGGAAGGAACAACGACUCGCAAGUUUUGAGCAAGUGACAAUGGACAGAAUUCAAAUAAGAAACGGAGGUUGCAGUUCUUGUAGCAGCAUUGGGGUGUGCCGUUUUGGUGUAGCUUGUACGAAGAAGAGUUCCAUCCCUCCUCACCAGCACUGCCUUCACCAGUUUCACUUGGCUUCUGGCGAGAAAAAAAUGAACAAUCCAAAUCUGAUCAAUAUCGAUGCCCAUCACGCGCAGGCUUUUCGCCUGACUGGCUUAGCCUUUAAUCCACUCGGCAAUAGCAAUACGUCCAUCACCUAUAUUGGCGAAUGCCCUUUUGGCAAAUGUGACGACAGAAGGUGAAGCAUCUAAAAGUUGUCACACGAUAUUGUCAUUACCGAACGGAGACUGGGACCGCAAAGCAAAAGUGGUCACACCAAUGUGAAUAUUUUAAAUGCUCAGCCUAUUUCUUCAUUAAUGUACGCUUGAAGCAAAAAAAUUUAAUCGUCGGUCAUUUGGGAGACAUCGCUACCACCCUAUUAGUCUAACCGUGCACCUUGCAAAUAGCAGAGGGAAACCUAGUUGAAUAUAAAGAAUGGGACCAUAUUCAGCAAAAGUGGUAUUUCUCCCUCGUACAAAUACAUUCCAUGCCACCGUUAUUAAUGAUCCUUAAAAGACAAUAGUGCGAGAAAAAAAAAAUAAUAAUAAAAACAAAAAAAAAAAAACGAAGAAAAAAAGAAAAAACAAAAAGAAAAAAAGAUACUGCAACGCAGAGCAACCUUUUUUUUUUUUUUUUCUCUUCAAAUAUCAUUACGCGAUUAGUAUUUACCGUAAUCCAUCGUAAAGUCGUGCAGGCAAAUUCACCGGAUCAUCAAUAGCGUCUGGCCGAGGUCCCAAAUAGUCGGAAUGUUCCAAGUAUAACUAAAGCGAGUUGGAUGUUAGACCGUGAGAUGAAGUAAAAGAGCUGCCACAUAGUGCUUGCUUCAUAGCAGACCGUUUAGAUCGCACAACAAAUGUUAUGCAUUGUACAACAGUUUCCAAUCUUGAUGUCCCAAGUGCAUCAUGUCUGUAAAUGAUAUAGUCAAGGAAUGCAUCAAAUGGGAAUUCCCGUGGAAAAUGCGUUUUUGAAUUAUUAUUAUUAUUUUUUUUUUAUUAUUAUUAUUAUUAUUAUUAUUAUUAUUAUUAUUAUUAUUAUUAUUAUUAUUCCCCUACCGCCCUCUCCCUUUUUGCUAAUAAGAAAAUUUAGUUUGAACUUUUUUCUUUGCUGAAAAUCUCCUCCGACUCUAUAGAUAUAAACUGUGUGUAAAUGCCGUGCUAGUGUGAACAUUUUCGGUGAGUAAUUAAAGUUGUCGAAUGUCAGACCAUGUAUGUAUCAAAGAUGCAAAAGUAAUUCAGACUUGUUUGUUUUUGUCCACGUUUUUCCUCCCAUCUUAAACUUAUCUAUUCAUAUUUUCUUUUUCUGGACUGCGUGAAUUAUUAUUUACUAUGUACAGUUACAAGUGUGUCUGUUUCGAUUGAAGCCGCUUUAUUCAGUUUUCUUAACGGCAAAUUGUUGUAAUGUUGUUUGCUGGAGCGUCUUGCAUUUACAUGUACAUACCAACGAAACGUUAAAAUGCCUACACUUAUCUUCUCUUCUCUCUUCGGUGAACCACUUCUUUGAUCAGACUGUUGAUUACACAGUUCACAUAUCA